AUGCUAGAAAAUGAUGAUGUAUAUGGGCUCCAGGAACCCAUUGUUACAAAUAGAUCAGACAACUCUUGAAGAAGUUAUAUCUUUAAUCAGCGUAGUAAGAGCCAUCGAGUCUUUUUGGGUGGCUGAAAGCAAUCUCAUGACUACUUGGAGAACUCUAAUUCCCAAAAGAGAAGAGUGACUGACCAAGCUAGACUAAUGAAGAUCAAAAAUUUCCCUUCCUGAUUUUUACAGGACAAAAGUCCUCCCAAGAAUUGAUACACAGAGAGGCGUGACCAGAAGACUUUUUCUGUGGAUAGAGUCGAGAGCCGGAGGCAAAGACGGGCUUAUAAUCUGAGCAAAGAAAGUCUUCCUUCAAAUAUUCAAAAAAUUAAUAAAUUUCCAAAGAGAUACAUGAGUGAAGGCAGACAUGAUAAGAAGUUACUAGCCAGGAGUCGGUCUCAGAGACAAAUCCCCUCAAUGCACCUGAAGCAUAGUGGGUUUGAGAGCUGUGCACAGAGUCCUACCAUGAAGAGAUUUGGUGAUUCUAGGAAUUUAUGUGUGCAGUUUCAAGGUUCUUCACAUAAGAGUGUCAAGAGUAAUUUCAAUUUUGUUGAAAUGAACUCUGUAUGAACAAAUAACCAAAAUCCUUUCGAGAUAAAUAGCUCUAUUGCAUCUGUGAGGCUCCAAUCGAUUGAAAAGCAAGAAGAUGAUACUUCCUUCUUUAAUGGAAAUGAAGCCUGGCCACGAAAAUAUAGCCACAUUAAUAAAUUAGCAAAAGGACUAGCUGUGAAUAUGAUGGAAGAUAUUCCCUUCCAGAUGGCUGGGCUUGAAAAGAUUCCUUUGAGGCCUUCUAUUAGCCAUAAGCUCAAAUCUCUCAAAUUGAGGGAUAAAAAUUCAACUCCAGGUGAAACUUGAGAGUUAGAGCCCAGAGGCUUGCUUAGAUCGAAGUCAGAUCUUUUCCAAAAAUUGCAUGAAGCAAAAAUUAUGUUCCCUCUUCGAGAAGGCAGCGAGGUAGGAAUCAAGGCCAAGCUUAACUUCAAGAAAAAUAAGCUGAAAGUUGAAGAAUCAAAGCAUAAAGUAAAACUCCAGCCAUGAGAUAACAGCAGGAGGAAGAUAAAUAGACAAUUGAUCCAGUUUAACCAAAGCAAGCUGAAAAGGUGCCAAAAGACUAAGAAAAAGAGAAUUAAGAGCGCUGUCAGACCAAGGAUAAUUAUUGAUGCCUCUGCAAUCUCUAGGCCUGGCUCUGCUAGUAAGGAUGCUAAGUUGGUUAGACAUCACAGCCAGGGUUGCAAGGCUGAGACUACAAACGAUAACUCAAAGCCCAAGAUGACUAAGUGCAUGUCUCUUAAGGACUCAGCUGGAUUAGCGAUCUGAAAGAAAAAGAGAGGAGCCAUACACAACAGAAAUGCCAAAAAUGAUUCAAAUUUUAAACGGUUGAAAUUAAUGAAGAAGCCAGAUCCACAGAAUGUCUCUAAUUUGGAGAAUUAUCUGAACAGAAUAGAGACCAAUGAAGAACCUAAAAAUGAUAAAGAGUCUAAAGAAGCCAAUAGUACUAGCCAACGUAGUAAGAGAAGCAUUCUGAUCAAUCAGAAUCAUUAUUUGCAUAAUAUCCAUCUCCUUCCUCAGAGAGAUGACUCUUUGAGAGUAAGAGAUAAGGCUGAGCAGCAGUUGAAUGAAGAAUUCAUGGCACUACAGAGAUGAAUUGAUCAAAUCCCUGACCAAGAAGAGCUCAGCCUUGAUUUAGAAGAAGAGAAUCAUACAAACAGGCUUCGCAAAAUUUCAACCACUGAAGUCCGAAAGCAAUGAAGCCUUGAUGUUAAGCAAGAUUCCAGCAGCCUUCCCACUGAAAGGACAAGCGAGGUUACCACAGAAAAUUGAUCUGAGCUGAAGGACCAAAGGAGUUUAAAGUAUCAGAAUAGUACUCUAUCUAAUAGCCAGCUAGCACAGUACAAGAUCCCUGCUUUAUCUUUGAAAACUAAGAAGACCAUAAGAAAUGCUGAAAAUCCAUUCAAACAGAAACAGUCUACGAAUGCUUCCUCGGGACAUGAGCAUAGUUACGAUAAUGAGGAUAGCCCAAAGGCCGCCACAGGGCCUAUGAAUGUUACCUUUGGUAAAUAAUCAGCCCAGAGUAUGCCUCACUUG